AUGUUAGCAAUGCGAAAAAGCUGGCUGGAUUCGCUGCUACGAAUAGUUUGCUUUACUCUUUUUCUAGCUUUAGUUAGAGGAAGUUUAUGGGAACGAAACCGGGUUUCCGAUCAAUCCAUAUCCUCGGUUACAGGUGUUCCUGUAUUAGAUCAUAGACCUGUGGUACGGCAGAGGCCGUCUUCUGUUACGAAAGUUGCUUCAGCGAAGCUUUAUAGAAAACCAGCAUCAACGACUUCAACAAUACAGGAGGUCAAUGAAAAGCUUACAAGAAAAAAUAACGUCAAAGUUACGCCGGUCGGAUGGCUGGGCGCAUCGAGGCAUCACUCGGAACAUGCCGAAACACAAGAACAAUCAAACUCAUUAAUAUCUAUAAGUGGAAAUAUCAGAGAUCUUUCCACUUUAACAUUAUCCGAUAUACUUAUAGCAACUGACAUAGAGGGUGGGUUGCACGGAAUUCACAGGACAACGGGAAAAGUUUUAUGGUCUAUAGAUCACCCAGAACUACCACCUUUACUUGAAAUACGACAUCCUUCAUCUGUUAUCAAUGAAACUUUAAUCGUUGAACCUUUCGGCGACGGAAACGUAUUUUAUUUCAAUCCAUAUCAAGGAUUACAGAAGUUACCUGUGACGAUAAAACACUUGAUAGAAGCUUCCCCUCUAAGUAUUAAGUCAAAAGUUGUUAUUGAUGACAUAGGAACUACGAUAGAAGAUGAAAAAAUUUAUACUGGGUCAAGAAGGACAGACCUUUAUACUAUCGACGCCACUUCUGGGGAGAUAAUAUCGGCAUUUGGACCUGGAACGGAAAAUAAGGUCUAUAAUAAGGAGAAAGUGGAUUGCACGGACUAUAUUGGAACGCAAGAUUGUGAAAACAUUGUAGUGAUAGGUAAAACAAACUACGAACUAACAAUACAUUCAAACGAACAAACUUUAUACAAUGUCCGGUACUCACAAUGGCAGCACAACACAUUGGUUAACCAUCUAGCCAACCAGAACACAGUUUCAAAAGAUGGUAUUUAUAUUGCACCUUUUAGGGACAAAUCCCUAGUGGCUAUUGAUUCUGAUUUUAACUUAGCAAAAUGGGUUUGUCCGAAUCUACCUGCUAUUGUGAAUAAUGUAUUUGACAUUUUUAUCGACUAUUCUACCAAUGAGAAAGUUUUGUUGCCUCAUCCACACCAAGCGUUAGACGAUAAUGAGGAAGCUGAUUCCAGUGAUGUCCAGGUAUAUGUUGAUCUAACAGAAGAUGGUACGUGGUUUGCUCUAUCUAGUCGUUACUUUUCCUCUUUGGUGAAUGAUGCUCCUGCGUCAAAAUUUUCAUUGAAUUCAAGAUGGCGUCAACCAGAAAUUUUCCAAGAUCCCUUACUACUCAGAAUGUCUAUAGUGGGUGUUCACCACUUAAACCCACAACAAUAUAGAAAAGUUCUAAUAAACAACGAGCCUUACGAAACCAUUCCAUCCUUACCUUCAGAUACAGAUUACAAUUUUCCACCUGCUUUACCAAAGGGAUCCGAUUCUGACGAACUCUCCAAAGGUAUCGGAAAAUAUAUUUCACCAGAGGAAUUAAAGGAAUACAAGCAAAAUCUUGAAGAACGACUGACUAAUUCAAUUUCUGAGGAGCAAACAUUAUUCCAUAGAAUAUCAAGAUUUUUCAUUAGAAUUAUUGAGAGUGGUUUGAUGAUGGUGCUUGCCUUGCUUAUUUUUUACCUGUUAGCCUCUUUCAAUAUUAUACCUCCACUCCAUGUGGUGUUAACAGAAACUGGAAUUUUACCAAAAAUGACUAUUCCAACACAACCUCCAGAAAUACAAACAUAUCAUCAACAUAAUGAAUCGCCUGGUCCAGAAAUGUUGCCUUCAGAAAAGACAACCGAGAAAAAUAUGGGAGAAGAAUGUGAGUCUAAAUCAAUUUCUUCUGGUACUGCAGUUAAUCCUGAAGAUACAGAUGGGUUAGAGGGAAAGAAAAAGCGCAAACGUGGUUCCCGUGGCGGGAAGAAGACUAAGAAGAAGACGGCCGGUCCAGAAGAGGAUGACUCAACAUUAUUAAAUCUAAAGGACUUUGAGCAGGAAGGCCAAUUAAAGCACCUAUCUAUAUCUAAUAAGGUUUUGGGGUACGGCUCUUCAGGUACUGUGGUAUUUCAAGGCAAGUUUCAGAACAGACCAGUAGCGGUAAAAAGGCUUCUAAUCGACUUUUAUGAUAUUGCUUCAAAGGAGAUCCAAUUACUUUCGGAAAGUGACGACCAUCCUAAUGUAAUCCGCUACUACUUUUCAGAGUCUACUGAAAAAUUCAUGUAUAUUGCUGUUGAGUUAUGCAUUGCAUCCUUGGAAGAUAUCGUAGAAGGUUCGAGAGAUCCUGCUAAAAGUGCUUUAAUUCAAAAAAAUAUGGACCCUCUUAAUGUUCUUUUCCAAAUAAUAUCUGGUGUGAACCACUUACACUCAUUAAAAAUCGUUCACAGAGACCUUAAACCGCAAAAUAUUUUGAUUGCCCCACCUAAAAGAUAUUCAGAUAUAACUGACGGAUCAAAAAGUAAUUUGCGAGUAUUGAUUUCAGAUUUUGGUUUGUGUAAGAAGCUUGAGUUCGACGAAUCAUCUUUUAGAACGAAUAAUUUCAAUAACCCAACUGGUACUACUGGCUGGAGAGCACCUGAAAUUAUUAGUGGGAAAGUGUCCAUAUCGGGCUCUUUUGUAAGUGACAGUUCCAAUAACUCAACAGCAGGUUCAUCUUUACCAUUGGAUGUUGGCUCUGCAUCGAACCUUAUGAACAAGCGGCUAACCAGAGCAGUUGAUAUAUUCUCUCUGGGAUGUAUCUUCUAUUACGUUUUAUCGAAAGGUGAUCAUCCAUUCGGCGACAGAAUAUUACGUGAGGCUAAUAUUUUGAAAGGAGAAUACAUGUUGGAUGGAAUAAAGAAAACAGUAAAAGAAAGAUCAGUUUGCAUAGAGGCAACGGAUUUGAUUAGAACUAUGAUUGAUCCUAACCCUCUACUAAGACCCACUUCGGAUCAAAUCUUGAAACAUCCUCUCUUUUGGAGUGUUUCCAAGAAAUUAGAAUUCCUUUUAAAAGUUAGCGACCGUUUUGAAGUAGAGAGGAGAGACCCGCCAAGUCCUUUACUCUUAAAACUAGAAGAAGUCUCGACUAAAGUUAUCACAAAUGAUAAUUGGACUUUAAAGUUUGAUGCUAUGUUUAUGGAAAACCUAGGAAAGUAUAGAAAGUACAAAGGUGAAAAGUUGAUGGAUUUACUCAGAGCAUUGAGAAACAAAUAUCACCAUUUCCGAGACCUUCCACAAGAGCUCGAGGAAGUCAUGGGACCUAUUCCAAAUGGGUUCUACAAAUAUUUUAUACAAAGAUUCCCUAAUCUUCUCAUGGAAAUAUACUACGUUGUCGAGAAGAAUCUCAAAGAUGACCAAGUUUUAGGCGAGUUCUUUUAA